AGAGAGGGAGAGGGAGAGGGAGAGGAGAUAUAAUUAAGGGCAGGGGAAGGGCCAAGGAAGGAGAUCACAGGACUCACACUCCCUGCACCCUUCCUUGUUUUCCCUUUUCCUUUUUAUCAAUCUCUGCCACCUUUAAUAAAUAGAGUUGGGGAGGGAGUGGGGAAAUGGCGAGUUGGUUGCGGAGGAGGAAGAGCGAGGAGAGGAGGAGGGGAGGGGAAGAGAAGAAGGUGGUGCUGGACGGGACGAAGAUAAGGGAGCUGGUGGAGAACAAGGAGGCAUUCACCAGCUUCGUGGAGCACAAGUUUCAGGAGCUGGAUGUCAACGAUGACGGCAAGCUCUCCCUCGAGGAGCUCCAGCCUGCCGUUGUCAACAUCGGCGCCGCCCUCGGCCUCUCGGCCCCGGGCACCUCGCCGGACUCCGACCACAUCUACUCUGAGGUUUUGAAUGAAUUCACACAUGGAAAGCGAGAAGUAGCGAGCAAGUCCGAGUUCAAGGAGGUGCUUUCUGAUAUUUUGUUGGGCAUGGCAGCUGGGCUUAAAAGGGAUCCAAUCGUGAUCUUGAGGAUUGAUGGAGAAGAUCUGAAAGAGUUUGUUGAGAGCCCAAGAUUUGAACCAGAGGCAAUUGCCAUAUUCUCGGUGGAGUCGGCAAAUGAGUCUCUCCACAAGCUCUUGACAGUGGGUCUUCAACAACUCACGGUUGAGCAUGGCAUGCCACCAGCUUCUGACUCUUGGGUCAUGAGCAACAUUGUGGAGCCUGCAUUACAAUCACUUUCUACCGGCCGGCUUGAACAGCCUGCUUCUCAAGAGAUCUUCUUAGAAGAAUUUAAGAAGCUUUUGAACAGCAUCAUCCAGCACCUCCAAGGACACCCUGUCAUCGUUGCCCACAGUGAAAACACCUUUGAUGGGAGUGGCAUCAAGAGACUAUUGUCCAACAAUUUUGAAUUGGAAAAGGUUGAUUCUAAUAUCAACACCAUGCUUUUAAAUAUUUUAUAAUUAAAUUUGCUUUUGAUAUAUUUUUCCAUGCUUUCGCAACUGAAAUUGUUCCAAAGAUGUGUUUAUUUUGCAUUUCAAAUAAGUUGGUUGGCUUAUUUGGACACACUUGCAUGUAUAGACUAAAGUUGAGCAGGGGCGUAGAAGCAGGGAGGAAAAAAAAAA